AUGAUAUCCCUCAUGGCAGCUGUCUUCUCGAUCUUCAACACCAUCCAGUUCUUCAUCAUGGAGCUGAACCAGUCCACCUACAUCGGCUAUGAAGACAAAUACAGCCUCUUCCUGAGCACGAGCUCUGAGCUCGUCACCUGGCUCAUUGUCCACAAGAAGACCAUCAACAUCUGCCUGGCCCUCAUCACCAUCCUCGUGAGCUGCUUCCUGCUCUACAGUAUCCUCACAAGCCAGUGUAUGGGGCCGCUGAUCUAUACGUUAUGGAUCAUUGCCUACGAGCUCAUCAACUUCUCCAUCGUCCUGCUCAUCCAGGGGCUCGUGAAAGAACAGUUCAGGCAGCUGAGUCACCUGUACGUGGUCUUCCAAGUCUUGCGCAUGUGCCUGCACUUCUUCUGUCUGCCCUUCAUUGUCAGGCACGGCUACUUCCUCUACGUGGAGCCCAGGGCGGUGGGAAAGCUAGCCCGCCAUAGACACUCCUCCGUCAGCACUGUGGACAUGUGGCCACCUGUUGGGCUGAGACUCAUGUAUCGCAAGUCAAACUGA